UCUGGGGGGAGGGAAGCUGUCAAACCGAGGCCGAGAGAAAUGAGGCGGAGGCUGCAGAGAACCGUGGAGCCCCGCCUCUCUGCCAUGGCGGCCUCCGGCGCCGCCUCUUCCUUUACGGCCUCCCGCCCUCGCCUGCUUCCGGCCCUGUAACCAGUCCCGACUCCGGCUCCCUCGGGAGUGUCCCCGGGGCCGAGGCUCGUUUGGGGUGAGGGUCGACGCCCCGACCCCAGUAGGGCCUGUGUCCAAAAGCAGCAGGCUCCGGACAUGGCAAGGCUGGCAAAAGGCGGCUCCUGGCUCGGGACGGCCCGCGAGGCCUUAGGCCUUGAGGAUCCUGGUUCUGAGCGACUUUACCCCACCGAGGAUGUUAAUUCGAGGGCCUCCAGUUAACAGGCUUCCUCAAAUUCCCAGAUAGGGCCCACCUACCGUAAGCGUACCAGCAAGAGCUCUUAUCAUUGGAGGAAGUACUGGACUAGGCUUUGGAGACCUGGGUUAUGGUCCUGUGUGGGAAAGAGAGUGUACCCUUUGACUGGGGGUGAGGUUUAAAAAGCAGAGAACACGAGACUCUUUUUAAAGUCGUCUCGGUUGCGUCGCGUGGCCUCGGUGAGCCUCAGUUUCCACAUCCAUAAAAUGGCGAUGAGGCCAGAGCUUGACUCUGAAAAGAGGAAAGGAAGAAUCAAGUCUGGUCAAGAGGCAGAGAAACCCGAGGAAACUCAGUUCUGGUAGCAACACUCCUGGAUUCCUGGUGGUGUGGUGGUGAGAUUAUGUGGCCCCUGGAUCCAUCACGGAAAGAGGUGCUUAGGUUUGCGGUCAGCUGCCGUGUCCUGACUCUGAUGCUGCAGGCCCUCUUCAAUGCCAUCAUCCCAGAUCACCAUGCAGAAGCCUUUUCUCCUCCCCGCCUAGCUCCCUCAGGCUCUUUGGACCAGCUUGUGGAAGGUCUUCUGGGUGGCCUCUCUCGCUGGGAUGCUGAACACUUCUUGUUCAUUGCUGAGCAUGGAUACCUCUAUGAGCACAACUUUGCCUUCUUCCCCGGCUUCCCCCUGGUCCUGUUGGUGGGAACUGAACUAUUGAGACCCCUAAGGGGGCUCCUGAGCCAGCGGAGUUGCCUGCUUAUUUCAGUAGCAUCACUCAACUCCUUGCUCUCUGUGCUGGCCACGGUCGCACUUCAUGACCUGAGCUGUGUGGUUUUGCGCUGUCCCCGCCAGGCCUUUUAUGCAGCAUUGCUCUUCUGCCUCAGCCCUGCCAAUGUUUUCCUGGUAGCUGGUUACUCGGAAGCUUUGUUUGCCUUCCUGACAUUCAGCGCCAUGGGGCAGCUAGAGCGGGGACGAAGCUGGACUAGUGGGCUCCUCUUUGCUCUUGCUACUGGAGUGCGCUCCAAUGGACUGGUCAGUGUUGGCUUCCUCCUGCAUAAUCAAUGCCGAGGCUUUUUCUCUUCUCUUGUGGUGCUGAACCCCCUGAAACAACUCUUAAAGCUGAUGGCUUCUGGGUGCCUGUCAGUUCUCACACUCAGCCUUCCCUUUGCCCUCUUUCAGUAUUAUGCCUACACCCAGUUCUGUCUGCCAGGCUCAGCCCAUUCCAUUCCUGAACCCUUGGUGCAGUUAGCUGUGGACAAGGGCUACCGGAUUGCAGAGGGAAAUAAGCCACCGUGGUGCUCCUGGAAACUUCCUCUAAUAUAUAACUAUAUCCAGGAUGUAUACUGGAAUGUUGGCUUUCUGAGAUACUAUGAACUUAGGCAGGUACCCAAUUUUCUACUGGCUGCACCAGUGGCUAUAUUAGUUGCCUGGGCAACUUGGACAUAUGUGACCACCCACCCUUGGCUCUGCCUCACACUUGGGCUUCAAAGGAACAAGAACAAUAAGGCCCUAGAGAAGCCUGAUCCUGGCUUCCUCAGUCCACGGGUGUUUGUGUACCUGGUUCAUGCUACAGUGCUGCUGCUGUUUGGAGGUCUGUGCAUGCAUGUUCAGGUUCUCACCAGAUUUUUGGGCUCCUCCACUCCUAUUGUGUACUGGUUUCCAGCUCACUUGCUUCAGAAUCAAGAGCCACUGUUGAGAUCCUUAGAGACAGAGUCUUGGACUCCUCUUGCGGAAGACUUCCCACCAAGACAAAAAAUACCCAGAAAUUCUAUCAUGGAACUUUUGUACAACUGGAAAACCUGCUCUUCAGUCACUCGAUAUAUCCUAGGUUACUUCCUGACUUACUGGCUCCUGGGACUACUCUUACAUUGCAACUUCCUGCCUUGGACAUGACCUGGAGUCUCAAAGGACAGACUAGAAGCCAACUUAAUUCAUCUUCUUCAAAGUUAAAAGACAGACCAGGACCAAGCAUGGUGGCACACCCCUGUAAUCCCAGCAACUCAGGAGACAGAGGCAGGAGGAUCAUAAAUUUAAGUCCAUCCAGAUAACUUGUUGAGACCCUGUUUUAAAAAAUAAAAAUGGCUGGGGAUAUAGCUCAGAAGCAGAGCACCACUGGGUUCAAUCCUCAUUACCAGAAGAAGAUAACACACAGGGACUGCCUGCACUGCCCUGGGAUCGUCCUUGUGGGCAUUAGAACCCCUUUGUUUUUGGAGACUGGUGAGCCAUCAAAGAGCCUUUCUGGUCCUGGCUGGAGCAAAUUGUAAGAGUAGUAACUAUUUUCACUGUAAGUGAUGAUACCUUACUCAAGUCUAAAGUACACCUGCAUCUGUCUAGUCAACCAACAUAGCAGGAGACAUUCUUAAACCUGCCACUUUAAAUACAGAUUAUUUAAAUGUGCAUUUCAUCAAAGGCUCUAGCUGACAGUCUGGUGAUAGUCCACACAAGAUGGUGCAGACUGGACAGUGUGGUAGUAAUAGGAAAAUGAGACCUUUUUCUCUAAAUGGGAAGUUUCUGAAGGUGUUUUUUUUUUUUUUUUUUAAAUGCAAUUUUAUUUAGUUAGUUUUAAGACUUAUUCAAAAGGCCACUGGGGUUGUUAUUUCAAAGGAUGUUCUUCCCCUCAUGACACACAUUAGUAAAUUUCUUUGUAGGAAGAGCUCAGCUUUCCAGUGAUAUGGAAGAAUCUGAUUCAGAAGAGCCUGUCUCCGACUGAUUCCUCCAGCUUGGGUGUGGUCAGUUUCUCUGUCUUCAGCCUAUGAGGCUUUGGGAUAUUCUCACAUGCACCAAGUCUCACCUCACCUUUCUUUCUAGCAUAGAAGAAAGACUGAUAGAAGGAGAGGGAUAGGACCCUCAGACUUCAAGGGUUUUACUCUCCUAGUCUCUUGAUAAAUUCUGCCCUUGUGAAGAAUCAGAUGGUCCUGCCCAUGAGCUUGAAAAAGGCCUUCUACCUCAUAUCUUUGCUGUCUUCUAAAUCUUCAAGUAAGAUGUUAUACCCAGGGUCUCUCUUCAACAGAUUGUCCUUCAAUUUGGAGAGAGAGCAAUGACUUCUGCCUCCCUGCUUUUCACACUCUUCUUAAUCUUUGGGCUGCUUGAUCAUUGGCCUCCUCAAUGUCAUCUUUCAGGACCAUUUUGAAGUUGUUUUUUCAUUUGUGCAUCUGUUUAUAUGAAAAAUCUUACACGCUGGGUGUGGUGGUUCAUACCUGUAAUCCCAACUCACUUGGAAGGCUGAGGCAGGAGAAUCCAAAUUUGAGGCCAAUCUUAGCUACCUGGAGAGACUGUUUCAAAUUUUUAUUUUUAUUUUAUUUUUUAAUAUUUAUUGUUUAGUUUUUUAGGUGGACACAAUAUCUUUAUUUAUUUUUUAUGUGGUGUUGAGGAUUGAACCCAGUGCACCGCGCAUGCCAGGCAAGCGCGCUACUGCUUGAUCCACAUCCCCAACCCCUGUUUCAAAUUUUUAAAAAUAAAAGGGCUGUGGUUGUAUCCCAGUGUUAGCGCAUUUACCUCACAUGCAUGAGGCCCUGAAUUUAAUCCCCAGAAUGGGGUUUGUGUCGGGUGGCUUGCAAAGAUAAACAACUUUCUAAUUUAUACAUGAAUAGAAUUAACUUUUUACAACCAAGAGGGGUUGGGGAGUAUAGCUUAGUGGAAGAGCACAUGAGGCCCUUAGGUUUGAUCCCCUUACAAAUUAAAUAACAUUAGUAAUAAUGAUAAUAAAAAUCACUUGGAAAAAAAAAGUCAAGGUUAAGAAUAUGGCCAGAGGGCUGGAGUUGUGGCUCAGUGUUAGAGCGCUUGCCUGGCAUGUGUGAGGCCCUGGGUUUGAUCCUCAGCACCACAAAUAAAUAAAAAGAAACAAAAGAUCCAUUGACAACUAAAAAAUAUUUUUUAAAAAAGAAUAUUUGCAGGAGUUUGGGUGAUGCUUGUCCUCAGAACAAACCUGUGUAUCAGCCAUAUGACCUUGAGCGUGUUUUCAGGAACUAAGGGAGUUGCUGUUAUCACUGGGGCGGGGGGCAGGCGGUUGUAGGUCCUUUUUUCCUGUAAGAUCUUGAGGGCUACUUAAACAGAAUUACCCCAAUCUAAGCACUUAUGCACUGACACAAAUGUGAUUUUAGCCAGGUGCAGUGGUGCACACCUGUAAUCCCAGCUACUUAGGAGGCUGAGGCAGGAGGAUUUCAAUCUAAGGCCAGCCUCAGCAAUUUGUGAGAACCCGCCUCAAAAAACAGGCGCCAUGGCUCACGCGCUGGGAGCCUGAGGCAGGGAGAAUUGCAAGUUCAAAGAUAGCCUCAGCAAUAGUGAGGUACUUAGCAAAUCAGUGAGACCCUGUCUCUAAAUAAAAAAUACAAAAUAGAGCUGGGAUGUGACUCAGUGGGCAUAUGCCCCUGAAUUCAAUCCCUGGUACCAAAACAAAACAACAAAGGACAAGGGAUGUAAUUUAGUGGUAGAGCAUCCGUGGGUUUAAUCCCUACGAGUUACUUGUAGCGGAAAGUAUUUCAAUUUCUCCUGCUUUUCAACAAGUAGAAGAAACCUCCAUCCUCAGGGUGCAAUUCUGGAGGAGUAACCAAAGUGAUCUUUCCUUUGAACAAGGGAGAACAGUGACACCUGGUGAAUAAAGCUGCUUCUCUGCAAGGUAA